AUGAGUCUCGCUUCGCGGCAUAGCGGAGCCACCCAAGGGAGUAAUCAUGCCAACGCCAACAACGCUUCUAAGGCCAGUCAUGGUAAAUCUGGCCGGAUGGGUGGCGCUUUCGCUAGUUUCAUAUCUGGACGUCUAGCGAUGCCUCGACAACUUGUGGUACAAGCAAGGAACGCACUUGACAACACUCCAGUUUCCAUCCACCUAAGUUUUUCCGGUACAAUUGGUCAGGGGACAUUCGGACAAAUUGAAAAAGCCACUCUUACCACCCCACCCCCUCCGAAGCCAACAGAUGAUAAGUGCUCUGCACCCACCACAACUAACUCCUCCGAUACCACUGUUUUAUCAGUCGCUGUGAAACGAGUUCUUCAGGAUCCUCGCUACAAGAAUCGAGAGUUGAGCAUCAUGCAGAAGUUAAGUAGACACCCAAAUGUGGUAAAAUUCUACUACUACUAUUUUUCCACGUCUUCCUCCGCCUCACGUGUUCGAUCGAGGACUUCACAACAGACCUGUGAGGGUGUGUGCACAGACAUGCCACCCAACACUGAUAUGGAUGUAUACCUGCAUUUAGUGCUUGAGUGCUUUCCUGGUAGCCUCUGUGAGAUGGUUUACAUGUACUUUCAGCGCACUAUGAUCAUUCCUCCACUUACUGUCAAGUUGUUCACCUAUCAGAUGCUCAAAGCUUUGGCCUAUCUUCACAGCCACCAGAUCUGCCACAGAGAUAUUAAAUCCUCAAACCUGCUCGUCAAUGAGCAAGCUAUGAUCUUAAAAUUGUGUGAUUUCGGCAGUGCCAAGGAAAUGGUUCCCGGAACGACAAACGUGUCGUACAUUUCUUCACGGUACUAUCGUGCUCCUGAACUCUUGUUCGGCGCCCAAAUGUACACCUGCGCAAUCGACACGUGGGGCGCGGGCUGCGUUCUCGCCGAGAUGCUGCGUCACCAGUGCCUCUUCACGGGUGCCGAUUCGGUCGAUCAGUUGGUCAAGGUCAUUCGCGUGUUGGGCACGCCUACGGCAGAGGACAUCGCCAGCAUGAACCCCAUGUACGAGUCCUACAACUUCCCCGAUGUGCAGUCGUGCCCUGUGAAACUCUUCUUCCCUCGUCACACCCCCGCCGACCUGCUCGCCCUCAUGUCGAAGAUGCUGGUCUACAAUCCGAACAACCGCCUGCCGCCCAAGCAGGCCCUCCUCGAUCGGGCGUUUGACGAGAUUCGUGACCUGCGCGCGGCCGGAGGCAAACUCCCCAACGGCAACCCCCUCCCGCCGCACCUCUUCGACGCCGAUCCUCCGGACAUGCCACAGGCGGGCGACAAACCAGCGGGUUCGACCAUCGCCAACCCGAGGACUUCAUCUGCUCACCCCAAAAAGGACGCCCUGAGCAAGCACUCUGGUGAGCUGAUUUCGCGUCCACUGUUUUGUUAUCCGUGUCACACUUAA